CUCCAAUUCUCCUCCAAGCAGUGGCUUUCGGGUAUGUCCCAAACCUCCAACAGAUCUCCCAGACGUGCAUCUUGACCAAAACAUUCGAGUCCGUCUGAUGUGGCAUUUACCCGCCCAACCCAUCUCGCUGUAGCUGCCAGCGUCGCUGCCCCAUGAGGAAGCAGCCCUGGCUCGCAUUUUAGUGCCCCGCUUGGCGCCGUCCGAGGCACAGGUCAACUGUCAGCUCCAUGGAGGUACCCAACAACUUUGAACGCGCUGCGAAUUGGCCAACGUCGUCAGAUCAUCAUUGCACAGCUGCCACGCCUCAUCGCCGUCUGAAAUACUAAUCCUCUUCUAUGUCCCACGUCCGGACGCCGUGGCCUUCUCUGCCCUGAUUUGUCCUGGACCUUGCCGCACCUGAUCUUAUUCUCUACCAACCAUUUUAGUUAACUGGCCCACCGACUGGCCAAUUGCGCGACUUUUCCAGUCAGGAUUCUUCGGCAUCAAAUAUCAUAGCAAUUCUCAUCAACCCCUUUUCACGUUCAGGCUUCACCACCUAACCAACCUACAUCUGACACUUCUAGCCCGCCAUGUCUCUUGACCUCGAAAAGCAGCUCACCUUUUAUGGUGCAUAUCACCAUAACCAAGUGAAUAUUGUCAUUCACAUGGUAUGCGUACCGUUGAUCUUAUUUUCAGCAUUCGCAUUGGCAUCAAACUAUGGCCCUUUUUUCACACUGCCAUCAUGGCUCUCACUACCCUAUCUCACCCCAAACCUGGGCACAUUCGCAGCCAUGACAUGGGGAGCUUUAUAUCUCCUUCUUGAACCUGUCGCUGGAGGCGCCCUGGCCUUGAUCUGCCUCGCCUCCGCGGCAGGCACAAACUACCUCCGCAUCCAAUACUCGGAGAGUGCCAACCAGACCGCCCUUGCCAUCCAUAUCGUAUGCUGGAUCGCGCAGUUUGUCGGCCACGGCAAGUUCGAGGGUAGAGCCCCGGCCCUGUUGGACAACCUCUUCCAGGCCAUCUUCCUCGCUCCCCUGUUCGUCUGGCUCGAGCUUCUUUUCAUGAUCGGAUACCGCCCCGAGCUCAAGAAGCGUGUCGACAAGGCUGUCGCGGUUGAGAUUGCCAAGUUCCGCGCGCGGAAGGCUGAACAGGCCGAGAAGGCAAAGAAGGCUCAAUAA